GCCACCGAUGCCACUUUGACGCGAGCCCCACUCUCUCACUCUUCCUGCGUCUUAUCCGCUUUCUCUUUGUCCUUCUAGCUGUUGCAGUAAAUAACACGUUAAUCAGGCAAACAAACGUUUAGGUGUAAAGCAAAAAUAAAAUCGUAACUAAUCGCAGCGUACGCAUACAUCCCAUUACCUACAGGAGUGCCGCUUUAGCCAUUUUUGACGAUGGCUUCAACAACGGCGUGGCUGCUGCUGGCAGGGCUCUCCGUACUAGUGCUUAAAGCUGAUAUUUCAGAAGCAUUUGACCUUGAAGAUGUAUUUAAUUUUAAAGACAAGAAACUUGGAAUAAACAAUCAAGAUGGCAUUCUUGGUCUGGGUGUGGGUGAGAAAAAAAACACCAAGGAACAAGGGUGGAUCACACUUAGAAAGAAGCUGCUGAUGAGGAAACGUAGAGCUGAUGGUGACUUUAACCUGGAAGAUGCUCUUGAUGCAUUUAAUGAUGACGAUAAGAUGACAACUACAACAAAGGCCCCAGUAAAAACUACAACAAAAGCUCCACCAACAACUACUACCACAACUAGAUCUACCACAACCAAAGCUACCAUAACCAAAAAGCCAUCAUAUCCUAAUCCAAAACCUGCAAAAAAUCCAGAUGAUUUUAGUCUUGCAGAUGCUCUCGAUGAGAAAAAUGACAGGACUGAUGAGAAAAAUCGUGGUGGUGGUAAUGCUGGCGGUAAAUCCUUUUCAGAUGAUGACCUUCUGGGAAUUGUUGAUUCAGGAUACUCGCCAGAUAACCCGAGAAGCAAAGGGAAUACAGAUGACAGAGAUACAACAGUUAAUAUACAAGAAACUACAACCAUUGCUGGGAUUGCAAGUGCGCUUGCCAUGGCACUCAUUGGGGCAGUAACAAGCUACAUCUCUUAUCAGCAGAAGAAAUUCUGUUUUAGUAUACAACAAGGUUUAAAUGCCCAGCAAGUAAAGGGAGAAAAUUUAGAAGCAGGCCUGGCUGAAGAUCAACAUGCUCAACAAAACCUUCUUCAGUCACCAUCAGAGCCACCUGUAAAGGUCUAAUUUGGGUGAUCGUAGAAAUAAACAAACCCCUGGAGGAUUGCGUCUUUGUGAAGAUGUCUUCUUUGAAGCUUUGUGUCUUCAGUGAGAACUAGAGUUCAAGUUGUUUGUAUUUUAUUUGUAUGAUCAAAGCUCCCCCAAUGGGCUUCACAAUUGUCACACAGCAUUUUAAGCGAUACGUCCAAAUAGAGAGUAAGAAUUUGGUGCAGGAAGUCACAGACGUGAACUCUGUGAAUUCCUACAAGAGUUGAGUAGGAGUUGAACAAUCUGGGGCAUGGACUGUGUAAAUAAAGCAGCUUGUCAUCAGAUGUCCAUAGUCAGUGGCUAGCUGGUGUACCUGGGAGUGUUCUGGUCAAGUGGACUGUGCAUGCAUUUCAUGCAGAAUACCCCACCCAAUCGCACCUUUCUCAUUUAAACUUGGGGGACGCCUACUGAAAAUUUCUUCACUUUUUUGCAGUGUCAUUGAGAAGUUGCUCUUUCGUUGUAAGAAUUUGCUCCUUUUGUUGUUUGGCUCAUUUGAGGAAGAAUAAACUUGGCAGGUGUUUUAUGUUCACAAUCCAAUGCACUUGUUUGGGAUAAGUGGCCUUCUGCCACAUUAAUAAUAAUAAUAAUAAUUAACAUUUACAUACUACUGUGCUUUACUGAAGGAGGAUUGUGUUAAAAAAAGUCAAACGUGUCGAGUGUGAAUAUGUAAUAGUGGCACCACUAUGUGAGUUUUAAUUUUGAAUUUAAGCUGCUGUGGACAACUAGUCUUAACAUAAUGUGCUUCUGGCUCUUUAAAAUCUAAUUAUUAAUAUGCAAAAUUUGUGAGCAAAUAAAUAAAUUGAAAUUGUGCUGAAAAAGACUGUGAAUUGACAGUGAGCAGUUACCUCGGAAUUGAAAGCUCUCCUAACUUGUAAUUAGAAUGUGCUUAAUGGUGUGGCUCUUUCUAAGUAAUUUCAACACAACAGACGAGGGUAACAGAAUGAAAGAAUCAAUCAAGCAGGCGCAUUGCCGCUCAUUCGUCAAUAUCGGAAUAUGUCUCGUCAGCGGCUGCCCUUUCAUUUUUAAACAAGACUCCAUAUUUCAGGUGAGACAACAGAAUCCCGCUGUUUUAUUCAAAACUUGGACAGCUCGGCAUUAUAUAAUGCACGGGCUAAGGGUCGGAUUGAUUUGCGGUUCAUUCCUGUUGACACUGAUGUGACUUUGCCAGCCAUGGCUGAAAGGUCUUUGACAGUUUUCUCUUUUUAUUUCACUUCUUCCAACGCUAACAGCACCCUCCUUGUAUGACGCAAGACCUUUGAAAGACCUGCAUUGCGACUAUAAUUAGCCCAGCCUUGUAAGACCACCACGUGCUCAGUUCUAGUGGGCAUUUUGACUCUUCUUGAUAUCUUGUGCUUCAGAUCUGUUCAUUUCAAUCUCAUUUUCUUUUGCCCUUAAAAUUAAUUUGGCUGCCAAUUCUUUCUCAUUGUGCUGCCGUUGUCCGUCUCCUUCUACUUCUCGCUGUCUGUUUGUGUGCAGUUCAAGUUUACACGGUCAUGUGGCGCCUUACACAAUUGACGUGGGCAGUUUCUUCUGAUUGACUAAUUGGCAUUAGAGCCGAGAAUCGGAAGCCUCUCCUGAUUUUCUAGUAAUCAGAUCCCCAAGCACACAAUCUACAAGGCAAAGAGCAAACAGAGAGUGUAAAGUUGGUAGUGCGGUCAGUGAUGGAUGAUGCAUUCUAGCAGCCUGCUCUGGCCAUCCCAAAGGAGAGGAGUGAAAAACAUGAAGAGCUCAGAAUGAUGUGAGAUGUUCUAAGACACAAAUUCGAGAACAGCUCAGGUUGGUUAUCUUUGAGAGGUCUGAGUGCCUGCAUGAAAUGGUUUGUUGGCAACAGGAGCCCUUACCUUAGCUCGAUGGGUCCUGCUGUGAAUACAAUACUGGAUACUGACAGGACGAUUAAAAAAAGCUUUGCCGUCAUUUUAAACAUAUAAAGUCGUAGAGAAGCCAUCAACAGCUUUAGCGCAGUUUUAAAUAAAAUUAGGAAAAUGAUUAUCGAGUGAGCAAAAAGUAGUGGCAGGCGGGUAACAACAAGUUAUUAAUUAGCCAUACAUUUGUAAUAUAUUAAAUCAUAAAAUGACCAAUUAAUGCCUAGAAAUGAAAUCUUUGCUUUUCUGGCUCAUAUGUAUGUCUGCCAAAAGAGCUGGGCAGUUUUUUUCCCCAAUCUGAUGUCUGCAGUUACACCCAUUCGUUGUUUUACUUUACAGCCCGUUUUGGUCUCUAGCCCAGAGUUGGUACUGCAGUUCUCUUGAUGAAGUGUGUCAUUUCUCAUGACGAGGCACGGCACUAACACUUCAUCAUUGUCACCUGCAGCUGGCCCUUGGACUGUGACCCGUUACUUCCCUUCCAUUCCUUUCUUGUGAUUAGCUUCACACCGAAGAGGCCCAGUCCACCACCUCUCUGGUCUGAAGGCUGGAAGCGAUUGUGCACCUUAGCUAGUAUGGCGUCUCGCAUAGCCGAGUACCGACUCCCGACUCCCAAAUGAAACAAAGCCUUCAUUCACAGGCUCAGCCUGAGGUAGGGUGCAGCUGCAAACAUGGAGGUCAGUCAUUGUAAAUGGUAAGAACGACCACUCUGCCUCGUGCCAUACACUGCUGACCACGUGGGUUUGAGAAUGACGACCCCCUUAACUAGUCAAGAAUGUUCCGUGCAUCACUAUUCAUGGAUGGUCUGGAACAAGUGCACGUCAAUCAAUGUAAAAUUACCCAGCGCUUCAAUCUUUCAUUUCCACUGUGGUUGACCAAAAAACAAAGUGGCUCUUCUCCUUGCCUGAUUUUAUUCAAAAUCACAGACUGGACAUUUUCACACAGUCGGCAAAAUCUUAAUGGCACAAUUCAGAUGGUAACUGCCCUGUGAUUCAGCAGAAGCUCAGUCCUGGUGGACGCUGACAGGCUGCUCUUUAUUUGCACAAACUGGGUUUACUUUAAUAAUAAUAUAUUUUAUUUAUAUAGUGCCUUUCUCAUUCUCAAGGCUUUAUACCUCUAACACUUGUCUGCACUCAUUGACUUAAUUUGAAUGUUAAUAAAAGUGAUUGAUUGAA